AUGGCUGUUGAGUGGGGCCCCUUUAAUGUAAGAGUAAAUGCUGUGGCUCCGGGGCCCAUAGAAGGGACAGCGGGGCUGCAGCGGCUCACCCCCGGCAGCAGCAGCAACAGCCUUAGGAGCAACAGCAGCAGCAGCAGCAGCAGCGGCGGCGAGGGGGACCCGCUGCAGCUGCUGCAGCAGCUGGUCCCGCUGCAGCGGCUGGGCAGGGCGGAAGAAGUGGCUUAUGCCUGUCUCUUUUUGUGUCUUCCGGAGGCCUCGUGA